UUCAACUUGGGUAAGUGACAUCUUAAAAAAAAUCAAGACAUGGCAAUUUUGCCCAAGAAAGGAUCAGAUUCCAAAGAAAACCUGUUUUGCAAUGCCCCGAUCUAGUAAAAGUUUCGAACUUUCGAACUUGAUAGCAAAUGUGACGUUCUUUGCCGCUACUUUGCUUUUCAUGGCCAUCACUGAAAGAUACAACAAUGCAAGUCUGUAACAUCGUACUUCUAAUUUUCUUGCUCACACUGCAAUUAGCAGCGGGAGCGAAUGUGGGGUCCUCCUCAUCAAAGUCAAGCGAAAGGGAAGGACCGAAAAAAGCAGCAGCAGCAGCAAAUGCAAAAAAGGAAUUGGAAAAAGUUGAGAGAAGCCAUGCUCACUAUCUAAAAAAUGCUGAAGAAGCAACGUCAAACGGUAUGGAAUUGUGGCACUCAGAGUAUGAUAGUUGGAUGGACUUGCACAAAAAACGUCAAAAAGUGGAAAGCAACGCAAGAAGACAUGCUCUUGUUUCCAAAUUCGUAAACGAUGAACACAGAAAAGCUUCUGAUGUCCUCAAAGGUAGGUCGGAAGAACUCGAACGUAAAUCAAAUGAAGUAAAAAAAGAUAUGGAUCAUUCAAAGAAGAAAGCCAAGUAUGACCCAAAUCUUCAUCUCGCUCGCUUGUCCAAGCAUACCAAGAGACUCAAAGAUCACGAAAGUACCAUAGCAAAAUUUCGAGACAUCGUGCGUAAAAAUAGCGAUUGA